AUGGAGAAGCCACGUGACAAGGUGUUUUAUCGUAAAGACAGUCAGACCAACAUCCUGUACAAUCGCAAGGAUCGUGAACGUCCGAGGCCACGGAGCCGCAGCGUUUAUACUAGCAAGUCGCACAACAGCGACAAUUCCGGAAGCCUUAGAGAUUCGAAGAGCUACGAGGGAGUGGUUCCAUGGCUUUCGAGGAGUAUUUCCAACAAGAACAUCUUCAUCGAUGAUUACAACGUUUGCUCGGUUAUGAUAGUUAUGUUUCGUGUAUUUUUUAAAGUAGGAAUUUGUUGCAGCAUGAUAUAUAUCAUGAGGACACCUCUCAUCUGCGUGAGCCCUUUAGGAGUGAUCACCUUGCGGCUGCACGAUCGCGUUAGAGUCGAUAUAUCAUUGGAUAGGGCAGUCCGCAUCAUUAACGCUCGCAGUGGGAUAGUAAUUGCGUUGAGCGCGUCUGGGAGUUCAGCAGCUUUAAUGCACCCUAAUGGUAGGGUGUAUCAGUACGGAUCCAGGGUCGAGAUAUUAGCGCAUGAUCCUCACGGAAACAACAAGUAUGCUAAGAUGUGGUACAAAGGUGUGAGCUUUACCAGCGAUCAAUGCGCGCUGGUCUACUUGGUGGAUUCGGCUGGGACUCGUACUACAACUGAUACCUUCUCCGAUCUGAACGUGGACUUUUCUAUAAGCGUUUUCUGCAGCGAAAGCCCGUACGGCGAUGGGAACGUGGGACAGAAUCUGAUCAACGAGGCUGUUAAUUUGCUGCAAUCCUCAACCUAUUGGGUGUCCGAUGAUGGGACCAGCAAUUGGCUCAUUAACAACGUCCGCGUCUCGCAAACUACCGACGGUUUAGUACGCGUCGGACGUAACAGCAACAAAUUCUCGCUUCAUACCUCCCCUUCGAACGGAUCGGCCAGAAUCAGUUCACCGUUCCUGCAUUGCACCGGAUCCAUGGGUCAGACCAGGCAUUUAUUCGUACGUCGUGGGGAACGUAGAAUGCACUAUGACGGUGCCAGCUUCAUAGUCAGGAACGCCGGUCAUUCUGCCGGCUUCGACGAUAAGCACCAGCUGAAAGUUUACUGACUGCCCAAGUUUCUCCUAAUUUUGGUGGGGUCAAUUUCUGUUCAUUCGCUUUAGCAUUAUAUAUAUAUUUUUUUUUUGGAUGGGGUUUCUCUCGUGAGUAUUUCGAAUGGCAUCUGGAUUGGGGCGAAAGGAGGGAAUUUCAAAGGCCUAUUUUAGAAUUUAUUGCAGAACAAGUAAAGCCAAAAAACUGACAAGAAAAAGCAAAGUAUUAUUCGAGCGUUAAUAAUAAUAAUCAAUAUGAAAAAGUCGUAACUUUUAAAAGUCACCAUUUUACGCUUGUAUAUUUUAACAAUCGGCAGAAGACAACAUUUUGUCCAACAUUUAUUUAACUUUUUUUUAGCAAACGAAUUUAGUUUAACCAGAAAAGUGUCUUAAUUACGUAUGAUUAUGUUUAAAGUGACUUUUUUUUUUUAAAAAACGUAUUUAAAAAAAAAAACGACGGCCACGUACCUUCCUAAAGUUCAAUCCUCCUGCU